CAACCACCAAAUGUAAUAAACUAAAAUAGAGACUCGGAGAUAGACUCAUAGAGACGCAUAGAGACUCCAUGCUGUGUAGCACCCUGGUCUGCCUGGAUCCACUUGCCAAAUGGGUGUCAAUAUCUGCAUGAAGUUUCGUAUCGCUUCCUGCACAGAUGUUCAGUGUACGUCACAAAUGAUAAUUUUGGGACUUGAUUUCAGUUCACUUCCUCAAAUUUCAAUCUGCGCAGGAAAAACAUUGUAAAAUCCAAAUGGCUGGAGGUAAGUGGUAGGCCUUCGUGCAGUGGUUGUUUGGUCUAAGAACAGUUUUGAUUCUACGGGCAGUGUUGGGUCUGUGGGCUAUGGACAUUGUAGGGUUUAUAGGCAUUUUCUCAAUGGGCGGUGUUGAGCAAAUAUGCAAAUGUUUGAGUGGUGGGUGGGUUUUUUUAGUUGUCAAGCUACAAUUAAGAGGAAGCGCCCACUUGAUUAGCGCUUGCGCUCUCAUCUCUACAGCCAUGAGGUCCAGCGAGACGGUGGUGUUCAUUGCGCUGGUGGUGGUUACCGGGGUCCACCUGCACCAGCCCGCUGGAGAGACUCACAGUGUCUGGCUACCGUGUAGAAGCCAUGCCAUUCAUCAAUAUUCAGUGUCCUGGUAUUUUACAAAUGACCAACACAAAUUCAACGUGUUGUACCAAACAAGCAGCAGCAGUGCGUCUGUGCAUUCUCUAUUCACAAACAGGGCAUCCGUGCCAGAGCGUGCAUUCGAAACCGGCAACUUUUCGCUGUUGCUCUCAUCGGCUAAGUUUGAAGAUGCGGGGAGAUAUACUUGCUAUGUGAACAGAAAAUUUACUUGUGAAGUUGCUUUGUUGGCCAGCAAAGUCACCACCAGGGCAAAAAACCCUGUCCGUGUGGGCUCCACCAUCACUUUGAUCUGUGAAAUAUCCACAAAGCCACGUGGAAUUAUUUACUCCAGGAAUCGUGAUGGCGUUUAUUGGUAUCAUGAUGGAACCGUUCAGUCCUCCAUGACGAAGAGAAGCAACCGGUUCACGUGUCUCAAACACAACACGGGCUCUUGGACCUGUAAACCUCGCAACAGAGGCAACGCAGAAAUCGCAUAUUUUGAACAUUACCUUGACGUGUCCGAUCCACCAAUGACCAUGAAUACACCCGUUGAUGCAAGCAUCUGGAAAACGACACACGAGGUUCCGUCCAUCAGCACGGCUCCCGUCUCCUCCUCCUCGCUCUUCACUUCCCCUCCCAGCAGCAGCAGCAGCACGACGCCUCCCGUCUCCUCCUACCCCGACUCCGCAGCCACCGGGACUGUGUCCGCUGCCUUGGUGGCCGCGGCGGUGGCCCUCCUCUCGAUCGCCCUGCUCGCCGCGCUGGGGACCGCAUGCUUCUUCUUACGCCGCACGCGAGCGGCACGGCUGGCACGUGCCCAUCAGCUACAGGCGGUCAAGGCACCAGUUCAUCUGGUCCGGGAGCCAAUCACCCACCUCCGAAAUGUUCCAGGCCCUCGUCACAUCCAAGCAUCUACAGCAGCUGCGAGUCCACGCCAUGGAGUUGCGUACGCAGAGGUCAGGAGACUGAAAGGCUGCCGGCACGAUGGCAACGCAGACGCCGUUUACGACAACAACGACCCCGUGAGACCUAGAGAUGACGAUGUCUCCAGUGACUAUGAUGUUUGUGUGGACUCUUACGAUUCACCUAGUCCAGAAGGCACGCUGGGUCAUCAUCAGCAGCAGCCCGGCACAAUGUAUGCUGUGGUGCUGCAGCACUGCAUCAGACAAGAGGCAGACUUACACCUCUACGAUGCGGCCAUGUGAGAAGGUGCCGACUGAUAUGAAGCACGUGAGACUCAGUGCAGUGUUGCCAGAGGAGUCAAACAAUUCUUCUGAUUACAUCUACAGAAUAAUAAACUUGACUCUUUACCCAGCCUCUUUUAUGGCCUUGUCUCUCCAGUGUCCGACCAGAAAAUGCCAAAAGGUGAAGAGUACAAGGACAAUGCAAACAAACAUGCUUUGAUAAUUUACGCAUUGUCCCUGAAACUGUAUGGCCUAUACCAUUAUUAUUAUUAUACCAGAGCUACAGUUUCCUUUAUGGCCUUGUCUCUGCAUCAGUGUUAGACCAGAGAACAAUUCCAAAAGUGAACAUUACAAAGGCAAUGCAAAUUUCAAAGCAUUAAUUGCUCUGGUUGAGCAGUUAUAUCUAUGGGGCCUGUUUUUGGUGUAAGCCAAUCAAUUUCAGGGAUAAUGUGUAUAUUAUUAUCAAAGCAUGUUUGUGGGAAUAUUUUACCACGAGCAUGACGUGUGGUUAAUGCAGACCUGAUGCAGCCUGCCAAUAGGUGUCUAUUUGGUGUUUGAACAUUUAAACACCUGUAUUAUUGCUGAGUAAAACCUAUUUUUUAAAUAACUCUUCUGAUCGCUUUCGAGAUAAUAAUUUAGGGUCGUCACCUGCUCCACAGACCAAACCCGGACACAUUUCUCAGUCGGCCUCGGUCUGUUGUCAAAACCGUGCAGCGACACCGGUACCAGAUCUCGGUACAAAUCAAUUCCUGCCUCCCGAACACAGAAAGCCACACAGGUGGUAGCCCCUAACUCUGACAAUGGUGAAAUUCUAGAUUUGAAGCUUUCGUGACUGCAAGGAUCCAUACUCUUUGGUUCUA